CUCAAUGGAUAAAAGGAAUAUUUUCUAUCUUUUAUAUCUUUUCAGCCUAGCGAUGGCAGUCAAAUGGCCUAGAGGGACAUACACUUUAAUCAAACCUAAAUCUGGUUGUCCAUCCAACUGGCUGGAGGGAUGGCGGGACCAGGACGACGAAGAUGGCGAUAAUGAAAAUUCGAUGACGAUUGGGCAUCACUUCUUUGGUUCCUUUGGCAGAAAUAUGAAGUUCUACUACUGUACCAAAGAUCCCAAUGACAUAAACGACGAGGGGUUCUGGCCAGCUGGAAACUACUGCAUUUUAAAACAAGGACAUACGUGUCCGCCGAGAGGAUUUCUAAAUGGAAGUAUACAUUGGGAUGACGAGGAUUCUAGAAAUAAAAACUCGUAUGGAGGAGUUCUACCCAGCGGAAGUUAUGAUAGAAAUACAAGGAUUGAAUAUUGCUGCAGGAAAGACGGUUCAUAUACCAGGGAAAUAGUACUUCCAACGGCACAACCAUUUUAUUUGAUGAGAUUUACUUCCCCUUGUCAACUUGUGAAAGGAAUGUACGUCAGAGAAGAACACGUGCAUUUUGAUGACGAAGACCACAACAACAAAAACUGGGUAUCCGGAAGUCACCCCUAUGGUGCCGGAGGAAGAAACACUGACCUGUAUUACUGCUAUUAUUCUCCUUUGUAAAAGAAAAAAAUAU